UGUUGAUGCAGUGGGCAGGAACGUGGCAUUCUCGUGAAUUCAACUGUAAGCAAGGACAACAUUGUCAGAUUGUCACGGACCUAUUUCCGCCGGAGACCCUUUCUUCUUUCUUCAAUCGCAUCAAACCCUUUUCAAUUUCAAGCCCCCUUUUCAAUUGCAGGAUAAAAAGGUGUCUAAGGUUGCACAUGAUCGUUUUUCGAUGAAUGCUGGUCCGGUUCGUUUAGGUCUUUUUAAACGUUAUUCUUUUGUCGUUGAUUUGUGUUACAUAAUGUGACGGUGUGUAACGGACAACGAUGAAAACGCGGUGAGAAGAUGGGGUGCAUUACCAUAUGAUGGAGAUGUGGAUAUAUUGUGGUGAAGUUGGUCAACAUUAAACAAGAUCUUUGCAGAAGCGGGAUUAUUAUUUCAGCUUUUGUUGAAUCAUGCCUCAAAUACAAAAGCUUUAUAAUGCUUGUAAAGCAUCUUUAUCUCCAACUGGACCCGUGUCAGACGACGCUCUUGAAAAAAUCCGUUCUCUCUUAGAUAAAAUAAAAGCUGCAGAUGUUGGGCUGGAGCCGGAAGCACAAACAGUACGUAACUGGACAGGUCCCGUAAGCGAACUCAACGGGCCCAAUGGGCCCAAUCGAUCAUUGCCACCGAUUAAAUAUAUCCAUAUUCAUGAGUCCGACAGCUUCACUAUGGGGAUAUUUUGCAUGCCACCGUCUUCCAUCAUUCCCCUUCAUAAUCAUCCCGGAAUGACUGUUUUUAGCAAGCUUCUGUAUGGAUCAAUGGAUGUAAAAGCAUAUGAUUGGCUUGAUGAACCCUCACCGUCUGAUACGUCACAAGAUUUUUCAUCAGCAAGACCUGCAAAACUUGUUAAAGAUACUGUGAUGACGGGCCCAUGUGCGACCACAAUUCUGUAUCCAAACACCGGCGGUAACAUCCAUUGUUUUCACGCCCGAACUCCAUGUGCCAUCUUUGACAUCUUGUCACCGCCUUACUCGUCGGAGGAUGGGCGGCACUGCACCUAUUUCCGGCGGUCAACUGGAGUAGUCGAUACUCUACCCGGUACAAUUGAUGUAGAUGAGUCAGAAGUUGCAUGGUUGGAAGAAUUUCAACCUCCUGAUGAUUUUGUGAUUCGAAGGGGCCAGUACAAAGGCCGCGUUAUCAAGACUUGAAAAUGUUUUAUUCGAAAUUGGUCAGCAUCUAAGGUGGAAACUAGCUUUGUUUAUAAAGAUGCUGAAGGACAAUAAUGUAAUUCUAUUGGUUAUGCAAGACUUGGCAUGCAUAUACAACAUGAUAUAGUGUCUAGUUAUUUAUCUUUGGUUAUACUCAUUUAAUGGCUUUAAGUUAUAUUUCUGUA